UAUUUUACGCCUCGUUUCCCCCUCCUUCCAUUAAAAAAAAAACACACCCAGACACCCUCCCCCCAACUCCACCCGCUUCCUUCGCUUCCCUUCACCCCCACUCCACCAAACCCUCACGUCGCUGGGACUGGGCAGCGCAGAGCAGAGUAGCAGACAGAGCACAGCGGAGCAGAAGGUGGCGAGUGGAAGCAAAUGGGGAAUGAGUGGCGGCAAAUGGGCAAUGAGUGGCGGCGGCGGUAGUAGCUAGCAUAGCAUCCUCCUCGCCUUUUCUUCUCCCCGCCCUCUCGCGCUCUGGUUGUUGCAGCCAGUGGGAGCGAGAGGACUCGUGCUGCCUCCGUCGCUUCUCCGGCACGCCUCCCUCGCCCGGAUCUGCGCCGCUCGCGUGGGAUCCUGAGCUCCGGGUUGGAGAGCUCUCGCGUUCCGGGUCAGGUGACGGUGAUGGAGCCCGCGGUGGCUACGGCGGGUGAAGGGCAGCGGUUCAAGCGGAUUUCGCGGCAGGCGUGGUCGGGGAACCUGGAACUGGAUCCUUUGCUUAAUGAAAGCUUAGAUCAGUGGCCACAUCUAAAUGAUCUGGUACAGUGCUACAAGGCUGAUUUUGUGAAGGAUGACUGCAAAUAUGGACGCUAUGAGAGUGUUGCACCACCAUCUUUCCAAAAUCAAAUUUUCGAGGGACCUGAUACAGACAUAGAAACAGAAUUGCAGCUUUGCAACGCAAGACAUUUCAAGCCUGAAGAUCCUACCGAAGAUGAUAUGCCAAGCACCUCAGGGAGGCAAAUGUAUGAAACCGAAUCAUCUGCUUCAUCUUCAAAAGUGCACUGUAGUCUGUCACCACUGCCAGCAUAUGAGCCUGCAUUUGAUUGGGAGAAUGAGAGGUCUUUGAUAUUUGGCCAAAGGGUGCCAGAAAGUAUACCAGCAAUAAGCAACAGUGGCUUGAAGAUAACUGUCAAGGUACUAUCUUUGUCAUUCCAAGCUGGAUUAGUUGAACCUUUCAGUGGAACGAUUUGCUUGUAUAACAGAGAUAGAAGAGAAAAACUGUCAGAAGACUUCUACUUUCACAUACUUCCAACAGAUAUGCAGGAUGCUCAGGGUUCUUUGGAUCGUCGAGGCGUUUUUUCAUUGGACACACCUUCACCAUCAGUCUGCCUUUUGAUUCAAUUGGAAAAGGCUGCUACUGAAGAAGGGGGAGUAACACCUUCUGUUUAUUCUCGUAAAGAGCCUGUGCACUUAGCUGAGAAAGAGAAGCAAAAGCUGCAAGUAUGGUCUCGAAUUAUGCCUUGUAAAGAGUCAUUUGCAUGGGCCAUGAUUCCUCUGUUUGAAGGUAACCAUGCGGGUGGUCUUAGUGAUGCUGCUUCUCCUAGCAGUCCUUUAGCAACAAGUUUACCAGGAUCAACUUCUCAAGAUAGUAUUGUGGACCCUAUUUUAAAGCUUACUUUAGAUGGAAAAGUAAACCAUUACUCGAGUGGAAGCUCAGUUAUUGUAGAGAUAUCAAACCUAAACAAAGUGAAGGAAAGCUAUAUAGUGGACUCCCUCCAAGAUCCAAAACGGAAAGUACAUAAACCAGUGAAAGGUGUAUUGAGAUUAGAAGUGGAAAAACUUCAUGGUGGCCACAAUGAUGUGGAUAACACUUCUGAAGGCGGAAGCAUGGCCAAUGAUUUGAAUGAUGCUGGUGACAUCAAUAAUGGCAGAAGCAACAGAAGUAGCUUUGAUGGGAUUCACAGUUUUGUGAAUUCUAUUGCCAUUGCCCAGAAAGAUGCUCAUCACAAUGGAAUCAUUUCUAAUGCUGAGAAUGGUGACAAUUUUGAAGCUUUUGACUUUCGGAUGCUGACCCGAAGUGAGCCGUUUUCACAACUUUUUCAUUGCCUCUAUGUGUACCCAUUGACUGUUAGCUUGAGCCGCAAAAGAAACCUGUUUGUUAGAGUGGAACUGAGAAAGGACGAUUCUGACAUCCGAAAGCCUCCAUUAGAGGCUGUUCAUCCUAGGGAGCGGAAUAUGAUGCUACAGAAGUGGGGCCAUACACAGAUUGCUGUUGGAACAAGAAUGGCUUCCUACCAUGAUGAAGUUAAAAUCAGCCUACCUGCUCUUUUGACACCCCAGCAUCAUCUUGUGUUCACAUUUUUCCAUGUAGAUCUUCAAAUGAAACUUGAAGCACCAAAACCAGUGAUCGUUGGGCAUUCUGUACUUCCACUGUCGACACAUAUUCAGUUACUUUCAGAUGUAUCCUUGCCAAUUUUGAGAGAGCUCGUUCCACAUUACCUGCAGGGAAGUGGAAAGGAGAGAAUGGACUAUCUGGAAGAUGGAAAAACUGUUUUCAAGUUGCGUUUAAGGCUCUGUUCUUCAUUGUUCCCGGUUAAUGAAAGGAUAAGAGACUUUUUUGUUGAAUAUGACCGCCAUACUCUACAUACAAGUCCCCCAUGGGGUUCUGAGCUUCUUGAGGCCAUAAAUAGUUUGAAAAACGUUGAAUCUACUGCAUUAUUACAAUUUCUGCAACCAAUACUUAACAUGCUGCUUCAUCUUAUUGGCGAUGGCGGUGAGACCCUUCAGGUUGCUGCGUUUCGAGCCAUGGUUAACAUUUUAACCCGUGUGCAGCAGGAGUCAUCAGAUGGGGCUGAGAGAAAUAGAUUCCUUAUUAAUUAUGUUGAUUUUGCUUUUGAUGACUUCGGCGGUCGGCAAGCACCUGUGUAUCCUGGUCUGUCUACUGUUUGGGGAAGUCUUGCUAGGAGUAAGGCGAAAGGUUAUAGAGUUGGUCCUGUGUAUGAUGAUGUGUUGGCAAUGGCUUGGUUUUUUCUGGAGCUUAUUGUAAAAUCAAUGGGAUUGGAACAAAGUCGUCUCUUCUACCACAACCUUCCAUUAGGUGAAGAUGUCCCACCGCUACAAUUGAAAGAAGGUGUCUUCAGGUGCAUCAUGCAGCUCUUUGAUUGCCUUCUAACUGAGGUUCAUGAACGCUGUAAAAAGGGUUUAAGCUUGGCAAAACGCUUGAACAGCACGCUUGCUUUCUUUUGCUAUGAUCUUUUAUCAAUAAUUGAGCCUCGCCAAGUUUUUGAGCUGGUUUCGUUGUACAUGGACAAGUUUGCAGGAGUUUGUCAAGCAGUCCUUCAUGACUGCAAAUUGACAUUCCUGCAGAUAAUAUGCGACCAUGAUCUAUUCGUUGAGAUGCCUGGGCGGGAUCCCUCUGAUAGAAACUAUCUCUCGUCAGUUCUUAUUCAAGAGAUCUUUCUGACCUUAGACCAUGAUGAUUUGUCUCAACGAGCGAAGGCUGCUCGGAUUCUGGUUGUCCUUAUAUGCAAACAUGAAUUUGAUGCACGCUAUCAAAAAAGUGAAGACAAGCUGUACAUUGCUCAGCUGUACUUCUCUCUUAUAGGGCAGAUCCUUGAUGAGAUGCCUGUUUUCUAUAAUCUGAAUGCCAUCGAAAAGCGUGAAGUGCUAGUUGUCAUUUUGCAAAUUGUAAGGAACUUGGAUGAUGCAACUCUUAUCAAAGCAUGGCAACAAAGCAUUGCUAGAACCAGAUUGUUCUUCAAGCUUCUUGAAGAAUGUAUAACCCAUUUUGAGCACAACAAAACAGGAGGCAGCAUGCUACUUGGUGCUAGUUCUCGGAGCCCAGAUGUUGAGCGCCCUGCACCCCCAAAGUACUCUGAGCGAUUAUCCCCAUCAGUCAAUGCAUAUUUGUCGGAGGCUUCAAGGCAUGAAAUAAGGCCUCAGGGAACACCAGAAAAUGGGUACAUGUGGAACAGGGUUAGCCCUCAAUUAAGUUCCCCUAAUCAACCCUAUUCAUUGAGGGAAGCACUUGCUCAAGCACAAUCUUCAAGAAUUGGGUCAACCGCCAGGGCAUUGAGAGAGUCUCUGCAUCCAGUACUGAGACAAAAAUUGGUAUAUUCUAUACAUAUUAUCAUAUGUGGUGUUGCAGGUUACACGUUUCUCUUUAACCUGAAACGAUUCCUACAGGAACUUUGGGAAGAAAAUCUCAGUACUGCUGUGAGCCUCGAAGUGUUGAGAAUAACCGAGAAGUUUUCAGCUGCUGCAGGCACUAGAAGCAUCACUACUGAUUAUGCGAAGCUAGAUUGUGUAACAUCUAUCGUAAUGGGUCUUUUAUCUAGGAGCCAACCCUUGGCAUUUUGGAAGGCUUUCCUUCCUGUGGUCUACAACAUAUUUAAUCUUCAUGGUGCAACACUAAUGGCAAGGGAGAAUGACCGCUUCUUGAAGCAAAUUGCUUUUCAUCUUUUGCGGCUUGCUGUUUUUCGAAAUGAUUCUAUUAGGAAAAGAGCUGUUGUUGGGUUGCAGAUUCUCGUUAGGAACGCAUUCAACUAUUUCAAGAACACUACAAGGUUGAGAGUCAUGUUGACAAUUACUUUGUCAGAGUUGUUGUCUGAUGUGCAAGUGACUCAAAUGAAAUCCGAUGGUUCUCUUGAAGAAAGUGGUGAAGCUCGGCGCCUUAGAAAAUCACUGGAGGAAAUGGCUGAUGUAAGAAGCAAGGAUCUGUUGAAAGAUUGUGGCCUCCCUGUUACUGCAUUGGAGGCGGCCCCUGAUGGUUCCUCUGAUAAUAUGUGGUCUUGGGCAGAGGUGAAACAUCUCUCUAAAUGUCUAGUCCAGGCCCUUGAUGCUGGUCUGGAACACGCCCUCUUGGAUUCUGUAGUGACUGUAGACAGGUAUGCAGCUGCUGAGGGUUUCUAUAAACUAGCUAUGGCCUAUGCGCCCGUUCCAGAUCUUCACAUUAUGUGGUUGCAGCAUUUGUGUGAUGCACACCAGGAGAUGCAAUCAUGGGCUGAAGCAGCACAAUGUGCAGUUGCUGCAGCUGGCGUGAUCAUGCAGGCACUUGUUGGAAGGAAUGAUGCUGUGUGGAGCAAGGAGCAUGUUACUUCGCUACACAAGAUUUGCCCUAUCGUCAACACUGAUGUGAGUGCAGAAGCAUCUGCAGCUGAAGUUGAGGGAUAUGGUGCAUCCAAAUUAACAGUGGACUCAGCGGUUAAAUAUCUUCAACUUGCCAAUAAACUCUUCACACAAGCUGAACUUUAUCAUUUUUGUGCAAGCAUUCAGGAACUCAUAAUUCCUGUGUAUAAAAGCAGAAGGGCUUAUGGACAGCUGGCCAAAUGUCAUACAUCACUCACAAACAUCUAUGAGUCAAUUCUUGAACAGGAGGCAAGUCCUAUACCAUUCAUUGAUGCCACAUACUACCGAGUUGGUUUCUAUGGUGAGCGUUUCGGCAAGCUCAAUAAAAAGGAGUAUGUAUUUAGAGAACCACGAGAUGUACGUCUUGGUGAUAUUAUGGAGAAGCUUAGUCAUAUAUAUGAGGUUAAAAUGGAUGGGAGUCACACUUUACAUAUAAUUCCAGAUUCUAGACAAGUCAAUGCUGAUGAGUUGCAGCCUGGCGUCUGCUAUUUACAGAUCACUGCUGUUGAUCCUGUAAUGGAGGAUGAGGACUUGGGUAGCAGGAGGGAAAGGAUUUUUUCUUUAUCUACUGGUACUGUACGUGCACGUGUUUUUGACCGUUUUCUUUUCGAUACACCAUUCACAAAAAAUGGAAAAACACAAGGUGGUCUAGAAGACCAGUGGAAGAGGCGUACUGUGCUCCAGACAGAGGGUUCCUUUCCUGCUUUGGUGAACCGUCUGCCAGUCACCAAAUCUGAAUCUCUGGAGUUCUCUCCUGUCGAGAAUGCGAUUGGAAUGAUCGAAACAAGAACAGCUGCAUUGAGAAAUGAACUAGAAGAACCACGGAGUUCUGAAGGUGAUCAACUCCCAAGGCUUCAAAGCUUGCAAAGGAUACUCCAAGGAAGUGUGGCUGUGCAGGUCAACAGUGGGGUAUUAAGUGUGUGCACUGCAUUCUUAUCUGGCGAGCCAGCAACUAGGCUCAGAUCCCAAGAACUGCAGCAGCUCAUCGCCGCAUUGCUUGAAUUCAUGGCUGUCUGCAAGCGUGCAAUCCGUGUGCAUUUCAGAUUGAUAGGGGAAGAAGACCAGGAAUUCCACACCCAACUUGUCAAUGGGUUCCAGUCACUCACCGCUGAGCUAUCUCAUUAUAUCCCUGCUAUACUCUCCGAGCUAUGAUAGAACUGUAACAAGCCAGAAAUUAGGUAGCAUGUGAAUGAUUCAUUCUUUCAGUUGCAGGUUCCCACCAAAUGUCCAUAUUUCCAUUAGUUUUGGUUGUAUAGUUGCACCGAUUCCUGAUUUUGGAGUGUAAAGUUUGUAUAACCUAGUGUUAUCUGUUAUGCACCAGUUAUAUGCUGAGUGCCAUGUUUUUUGCGGUUUGCUACUGUAUCACAGCGAGCCGACAUUUUACAACAGUUAUAUGUAAUGUUCUGUAGUGAUACAAUAGUGCCUAUUCUGGGUGAUAUGUAUUUUUUUCCCUGUAGGAAAUUUGCUGCUGUCGAGGGCAUCCUCGCAAUUUGUUUAUGCACGAUUUGAAGCCUUGUGUUAUUGAAGUCGUUCCCAUAA